AGAGAAAUAGGUACUCUUCAGCCAUACCGAAUAAUCUAGGUAUGCUUCUCCGCAUUUGCGAAGUAAAAGGUUGAUUUUACGACUGCCUAGAUUACCUGACCGAAAAUUCCGAACAUAGUCAUAUAGAUAUCGUAUAAGUUAUCUAGCUAGCCAACGGCGACAAUGUGUCCUCUAUCAUGCCUCAAGAACAGUAUAGUGUUCGAGGAUUAGCUGUAGCCUGACUUCCCACGAUAGCCUUCUGCCACAAGAUAUGCAAAACUGUCUUCUGAAUUCGCCACACAUCACCCCUAACCCCCCCUCCUCUAAAACGCCUGGUAAAGGAGACAAUUGCUUGAAUGCAACCCGCCCCUAUGCCUGUUAAGACCCAAUGUCACAUCACACGUAUCGAAACUGGGAGCAUAGAUAGCAAGCAUGGUCUCAUACCUUACCAUUACACCAACCCCGCAAACUCGCCACAGUCCCAUAUAGAUAGACAGCAUGAGCGAAUCAUCGCCAGGCGGGCCAAGUCGCCCAUGCGUGGCGGCUACAAUUUACGGCCCCGAGCCCCGCAAAGGGAUAGGGAAAGGGGCCAGCAACUGGUCGCCCAGCACGGCUCGCCCGCCGGCAACCCGAUCUCCACCCGAGAACAGCUACAACAACGACAAUGGCAGCAUACCAGCAACAACAGCGCCAACACCCCAAAGACCACCUCACCCCAGCGCUCAAACCAGGCAAGCGGCCACGGCCACGGCCACGCCCAAGACCUCAGCACCCCAGACGACUGCGAAGAACUCGCGGCCCUCCAUUCACAGCGCGGGGGGCCGCACAGGCCGGUCUCGGAGUACCAGGCGAACCUCGACUCGGUGUCGCCCGAGUGCCGGGACCUGUUCCUGAGCUGCUGCCCUGCUCCCGCGGAUCAGGAGGGGGGAGAGGGGGAGGACGACGACGUGGACACGUAUUGGACGUGGAGUCGCGAGAAGAUGCAGUGGUUCCAUGUCGAGGAGGGGACGGGGGCUGUUGUUUGGUUCCCGGAUGAGUUGUGUUGAGGAGUUCUAGAGGAGGGGUGGCAUUGCAAGGCGUUUGUUGGAUGUAUGGUAAACUAUAGUCUGAGUUUUGUUGUCAUUGUCGUUGUUGUUAUUGUUGCUUUCAUUGCUCUUGUUGUGGUUGUAACAAUACCGGAUGUGGAGUCGGUAGGGAGGCAAGCAUCAUCUGUUGGUAACCUACCAUAUGCGGUAGUUUCCUUUAGCAGUAUUUUUUUAUAGUCGGGCAUUAGACGAUACCUAGUACCCGAACAUUUCAACAUGUCCAUCUACAUGCCUAGGUACCUCGUAACUAGGUACCUAACCACUCCUUUAUCUAAGACUGUCUAGCAGUCUCUCUCC